AUGACCUUCCUCGCUGAGUGGGGCGAUCGAAGUCAAAUAUCGACUAUAGCGUUGGCGUCUUCCAAGAACCCUGUGGGAGUCACCAUUGGUGGUGUUCUCGGUCAUUGCAUCUGUAAGGAGGUUCAUAAUGCUGGUAUGGCUAUCUGUGCUAUUGCUCGCACCCUUCCCGUUCUCAUCAUGGCCAACAGCUAA